UUAUAACAACACUAUGGUUCCGUUUUACUUAUAUAAUAAUAAUAAUUGUAGAUUGCAGCCAGUAUAUUUUUUUGUAUUUCAAUCAAAAUUCUUUUCUUUUCUUCUUUACAUGAGCUUAGAGCAUAUAUUUUGCAGUAAAAUCAAUGUAAGAUCAGAUCCUGGAGUUUUCUUGGGAUUUAUGUUUUCUCGUAUUUCUUUUUUAAUGUAACGGGAGUAAUUUCUGAGCUAACUUGAAUUGUUUCCAUCCCUGCUAGGUCUACUAUAUUUUGUUCAUUUGUUCAAAAUUUUGUGCUAAGUAAUUUGAAACCUCUCUGAAUUUGCCUGACUAUUUCUUGCCCAAUUUCCAUUUUCUAAUCUAAUUGAAGGGGUGGUUGAGUGACUGGUCAUUUAUUGGAAAAAAUUUCAUCUUUAUUUAUAAUCUACAUUUAAAAAACUCGUAAAAAAUUGGAUUUCGGAGCAUCAUUUUAUUUUCUGUAUAUACAUGAAUAUGAAAAUAUAGUUAAAAAAAUCAUCAGAAAGUAAUAGAACUUUAAUUUUUUAGGAAAGCAAAGCUUACUGUGUGGAUGAAAUUCCGAAUACGGCACUUGAAAGUGAAGUUCGUCCUUCAACGAGUGCGUAAGUGAACCAUUUUUUCUCAUUAUCUAGUAAUAAUUUGCAAUAACAAAAUUGCGUUUUUUAGAUAUGGCCAAGUAGAUACUGGAAUUCGAACAGAGGGCGUUUCUAAAGAGUUUCAGAUUCUUGAAAAAUCAGGGCAAAUGGAAACUUUGUCACCUUCCAAAAUUUGUGGAAGAACAAUUGUAGACGUCAUUUUUCCAAAGCUCUGCUAAGUUUUCCACACUGUGGUCUAUUUUCUUGUGAUGGUAGCACAGUAGAGUUGUUGAAAGAAACUAGGAAGGGAUUGGAAUCGACUUUUCUAUUCCAGUGUAACACCUGUAAGUCAACUGUGGAAGUUUCCACUGAUGAUCCAUAUUCGAAACAGACUCCAGUCAAUACUGCUGCUGUAACUGGAGUGAUAUCGAUUGGAUUGGGAUAUGCCAAUUUAAAAGAAUGGUGUUCUACCCUAAAUAUGCCAGUGAUGUCAAAAAUCUACAAGAAAAUAGAAGGAAAGCUGUGGACAAUUUCUAUAAUACAGCCACGGAAUUGAUGCUAGCUGCUGGAAAAGAGGAAGAAAGUCUAGCACAAGAAUGGGGUGAAGUUGAUCCAGAAGAUGACAAAGCUGUCAUUAGUGUAAUAGCUGAUGGUGCAUGGGCAAGAAGAUCUAAUAAAUCUAUAUUUUCGGCCAAUUCGGGUGUGGCUUCUAUCAUAGGAAAAAGAACUGGCAAACUAUUGUAUUUAGGUGUAAAAAACAAGUAUUGUUGUGUGUGCGUCAAAAAAUUCUAUCACUCCAUACGUAUGUUACAAAAAUUAUAACGGUACUUCGACUGCAAUGGAAAGUGCAAUUGUUGUAGAAGGUUUUAAACAGAGCAUACAAAUGCACAACUUGAAAUAUAAAUAUUUUAUUGCUGAUGGCGACAGCAGCACGUACAAAAAAAUGUGUGAAGCCAAACCGUACGGCAAUAACUUUUUUAUUGAGAAAAUCGAGUGUAAAAACCAAGAAAGGUGGCUAUCAGUUAAGGUGUUUGGCGGCAGCAGUGUCAUAUA